AGUUUGACAUCACUGGUAUAUAGUUUCGGUUAAGUUGGUCAGCUUAAGCCUAGAACGGCUUAUCGAGCAGAUAGCUGAUAAUCGCCCAAUGGUUCAGAGCUGACAUUUUAUCGUUGUUGGUCUGGAUGAAUGGUCACAGCGAUACGACUGGAAAAGCAGGAACAACGAAAAACAUUUGUCUAUAUGUUCCAACUCACUGUAGAAAAUAUUCCCCAAUCCUUAACCGUUGUUUGAAAGUCAUGUUGAGAUAGUUUGAGAGUUGAUAUACAAUACUAACCUAAGAACAUAUCAACAGAGUUCGUAGAGUUUUUGUUAUCACCAUUGUCAUGUUUGAGUUGUAAGUAGUGAGAAUGAAUACAUGAGAAGAAGUGAUAAAAUGUGUGGUAAAAAUAUAGACCGCAAUUACGAUGGAACAUAUCGAAGCGCCAUAGAACAAUGUGUUUAUAAGAAGCUACAUCACUUCCGAACGACAGUUGGUAUUGUGCGUUGUACGAUAGCGAUCGUAGGUUCCGUCUAGUGCGUAAAAUGGCUAACUGGAGCAUUGUGUUACUUGCCUUGAGUGCUGGAGUGAUUGCGAUAGAUAAUCCACCCAACAAUCCACCGUUUCCUUUGAAGGAGGCCGAAUUUCAAAUAUUAGGACGAAUUGAGCAUUUAUCACGAAUCUUCAAUGAUAAAAUAAAAUUGCUGAACGAACGUGUCGACGAAAUGAAACAUGAUAUAAACGGUGUAUUACUUCUGCAAAACGAAACAAACGAAAUGUUUACCACCACAAAAAAACUACUGGAAAAAAUUUCGGACAAGAUACAAAGCUUUUCAACGUCAGCUACACAACGGAUGAAAAAUCUUGAACACAAGCAUGGGCGAUUUACAGAAGACACGGGAGUAUACUUUAUGAAACCAGAUAUGGCCAAGAACAUCACAUUUGAAGUGUCGCGCGAUUGGACGAAUAAUCAUGGAUUCGGCGGAAACUGGAUCGUUUUCCAGCGAAGGUUCAACGGUUCGGUCGAUUUCUAUCGCAAUUGGACCGACUAUAAGAACGGGUUUGGUGAUCUACGAGGCGAACAUUUUAUCGGAUUGGAAAAGCUGUACGCGAUCUUGAAAACCCGUCAACACGAGCUGCUUAUCGUGCUGGAAGACUUCGACGGUGUGAUUGCUUAUGCACAUUACGAUGACUUCAAGAUCGGAGAUGAAAGUGAGAAGUACAUGAUAAAAUCAGUUGGCCAAUACACCGGGACGGCGGGUGACUCGUUUUCCUUUCACAAGGACGGUUUGUUUUCAACCUACGAUCAGAACAAUGAUAAAUCUACUUACAACUGUGGCCAAUUAUAUGUUGGUGCGUGGUGGUUUAAAUCGUGUUAUGAUAGUCAUUUGAAUGGAGAAUACUUGCAUGGAAAAAGCAAUCGUCAUGCUGGUAUUAUUUGGUUUAGAUUUCGAGGAUUGUCUUACUCCUUGAAGCGAACCAAAAUGAUGGUCAAACCUGUAGGGACAUAAAAAUUACAUAUGGAAUUAUUCCGCUUUAUAAAACAAAAACUAUCGUUUCUUUUACACAAAAAAUUCAUUCUAUCGCUGAUUAGUACGAACAUAAUUAUAAUAAUUCCUCAAUAGAAGCCAAGUAAAUUCUUGUAGUUUGAACCCUUGUCGAGACUUGGAUAGAUUAUAAUGUAAUAUGCCAACAGUAAUAUAAUUCCUUACGAUCAGCCGAUGAAUAAUGGUGGCAAGCCUCUCUGGGAACAUCUUGAAGAGCACUGAUGACUUCUUCCAAGAAUGACAAGGGCACUUUGUCAUCCUGCUGGCUGACGUAGUACUGCUCUCCACUGCUUGCUGCGCCUGGUUCGCUCCCGUGCUUCUACUCCAUUCAAAUGUCGGUCGAAGUAGCCACCUGUCGAUCACCUUGCUCGUUCUACAGGAUAUCUCCCUCCUCGUUGGGGCACAUAGCGGUCAUGGGGGUAAAACCAACUCGUGCCGUAUUCAACAUCCUGUACAACUUACGAGUUUCCCCCGACUCGGGAUAGUUCCGGCGUCAGUUGUUCAUCCGAGUUCAUCCGACUGCCUUCUCAGUCGUCUGUAGUGUCAGGUCUCGCGCUGGAGCAUACGGAUACGCGUUGCGUUCUUCACGGAUAGUGCUCGCCUGUACUCAUCAUCAAACCAUUCCUUCCUCUGGUUACGUGUUACGCGGUCAAUUGUUCCCCAAGCGCAGUCGGGAAGUCUCUCGCCACAUCAGCUUGCCUCUACAGAUCUAUGUAUGUUGAGCCUUGGGGUGGGCUGAUAACCUAGCUGAUUGGUUACGCACAGUGGAUGUAAGACUGCAGUCCUAGACCGAGUUUUCUGGAAACGGAUUGAGGACCUGGCCAUGUCUUCGCGACAUGCUUGACCAUGAGCAAGCCAAGAAAGAAGAAUGUGAUAAUAAAAAUAAAUUAGCUUCAUCACAAAAAAUACCACACAA